AUGAACUGCAAAGACUUCAAACGCGGAAGCAAGUUGUUCAAGGCGUGGACAAAGAGUACCACCGAAGGAACCAAAAAUGCUCGACGCUGCCCCAAAUGCAAGGUCUUUAUUCAGAGAUUAGAAGGAUGUGAUCAAAUGUCCUGCCCGCGCUGUCGAACCCAGUUCUGUUAUCUAUGCGGUGAGCGCAUCGUUCAUAGUAGAAUUUUAGGGGGUCAUUGGAGUAUUUACAGUGUUUUAGGUUGCAGAUAUAUCUACAAACAGAAUCAACCGGUGCAGAGAAAGAUUAUACGGGGACUUUUAAUGAGUAUCGUGUUAACAUCGCUGCCUAUUUUGGCUGUAAUGUUUCUAGCUGUGUCACCAGCAUACGGAGUUUAUUACUUACACAAGUAUAUCCGUCGGCACUGA